AUGGCACCCCGGGCUCUGCUGCCUAUCCUGUUCCUGUGUGUGCUGCUGCUGCAGGCCCAGGGAGGGCCACGCAAACAAUCACAGGAACUCUUGGAAAUCCAGGCCUGUGAGAAGCGGCCGAGCAUACAUCAGUGCAGUCGCCACUGUUCAUAUUUCCAAGCGUGUCAAGCAAAUAACGUAUGCUGCUUAACCUUCUGUGGGAAUGUCUGCAUGAGCCUCCUGUGAGUGGGGGCUGGGCUGUGCCUCUUUGUUCCCUCUACCCUCUCCUCAGAGACUGUGCCCAUGACUGAAGCAUGAAGAACGCAAACUAUGGCCAUCAGCAGGAAUGCUGCCCCCGUGC